AACUUCGCCACUGGGCAUGAGGGGCAUCCAUGACCGUACCGUGUAUAUAUCUUGUCUCGGUUGGGGACGGCGGCCAGGCCUUGCUAGGAGUCGGUCACCUUGAUUCUCCGAUCCGUAGCUGAUAGCUAGCGCGCCCCAGAAGGUUUCUUCAGAGUGGAAACGAACAGGAAAGCCGAGGGGGAGAAGUGCAUCCAGAGAAGAGAUAGGCAUAAAUAGCCACGCGCGGCGGAGAGCGAGCUACCAACGCGCCGGCCGAUAGCUUCGAUCCGCCCACUCGCUUGCGAGCUCGCAGAGGCUAUCUGCUUCCUGAUUGCCGCGCGGUGUUUUUCACGGCUACGAAGAUAGUAGGGCUGGCAAACCGGUGGCCGGCCGGCGGCGCGGCGGCCGAGGAGAUGGGGAGCCUCGACGGCCACGCGCUGCAGGGCCACCACCACGGCUACGCCCACUCCCACGUCGGCGCCGACAGCGGCGGCGGCGGCGGCAACAACAACAACGACGAGGACGACGCGUCGCCGCCGCCGGCGUCGGGCGGAGGGGCGGGCCCGCGCCGGCCGCGCGGGCGGCCCCCCGGGUCCAAGAACAAGCCGAAGCCGCCCGUGGUGGUGACGCGGGAGAGCCCCAACGCGAUGCGCUCCCACGUGCUGGAGAUCGCCAGCGGCGCCGACAUCGUCGACGCCAUCGCGGGCUUCUCCCGCCGCCGCCAGCGUGGGGUCUCCGUCCUCAGCGGGACCGGCGCCGUCACCAACGUCACGCUGCGGCAGCCCGCGGGGGCCGGAGCCGCCGCCAUCGCGCUGCGGGGCCGCUUCGAGAUACUCUCCCUGUCGGGCGCCUUCCUCCCGGCGCCGGCGCCGCCGGGGGCCACGGGGCUCGCCGUGUACCUGGCGGGAGGCCAGGGGCAGGUGGUGGGCGGGAGCGUGAUGGGCGAGCUCAUCGCGUCGGGCCCCGUCAUGGUGAUCGCCGCCACGUUCGGCAACGCCACCUACGAGAGGCUGCCGCUGGACCAGGACGCCGACGAGGGCGCCGUGCUGUCCGGGUCGUCCGAGGGCGCCACCACCGCGCAGCAGCUGGAGAAGCAGCAGCAGCAGCAGAGCAGCGGGGGCAACGCCGUGCCGCCGUCCAUGUACGCCGUCCCGCAGACGCCGCCGCACGACAUGUUCGGGCAGUGGGGGCACCCCGCUGUGACGCGGCCACCGCCGACGUCGUUCUAGCGAGCGAGCAAGCGCUUGCUGCACCGCCCGCCCGGCCGGCGAUUACGUCUGCUAGUUAGAUCUCUACUUAAUUCUCCCCUAGCUGCAGGCUAGUUGUUUGAGUAGCUCGACUACCAUGUUAAUUAAUGUGCUAUUUCCGUCAUGCAUAUGUGUGGAUCUUUUCAUUUCUUCUCUCUUCUACUCCUAUUUGGAAGCCUGUGGAAUUAAUGUACAAUUCCUACUAGUAUUUGCGUGUCAGCAAUUCAGCAUCGGCCAAUGUUUACUGGCUAAUCAGUCUAUCUGCAGGUGGCGUCUCUGAAAGCAUCAUUGAGCCAUGCGAUCGAAUCAGUUUCAUGUUUCGAAUCA